UGUUAGUUAGCUAAUCGACCAAUCAGAGAAAAGAUACGAAACUAAAUUUUAAAAUAACUUUAUUAAAUGAACACAAUUGUUGAAUGUAAAAAAACAGACAUUUGAAAGGUACUUACUUCACAACAAUGUUUGUAUUUUAUGUUUAUAUUUUAUUUUUUCGCGUGUCACGUGUACAUUUCUGAUAAAACACAAUUUCCCAUGUUGCUUUGCGAACAACAAAGAUGGCGAUUCAGCUCGGAGUCGGUAGACGUGAUAUGAAUUGCAGAAAAUUUACCACUGCGGUGUAACCACAUCACAGUGAACCAUCUACGCCGGCAGGUUAACGGACGAAAUGCCUUCUCCUAAAGCUAAAAACCCCGGUCGAAGCGGAGGAAGCCCGGUGCUCGGGAGCUCCAACGGCCGCUACGAGUUCAUGUCACUGACGAAGCCGCUGAACAGGUCCUCACCGCCGCACCUUCUCCAGCGGCAGGGCUCCGACCCGACCACCGCCCGGCUCCGAGCCUCGGAGAGCCCCACUCGGCGCCGGGGCUCCAGCUCAUCCACGGGCUCGGCGAGCGGUCAGGGGCUCCCAGAAGAGGACGGCAUACGGCUCAACCCGUCGCUGAUCCGCGUCGCGCUCAGCUCCCUGCUCGCCAUCGACCUGUGGCUGUCCAAGAGGCUGGGGGUGUGUGCCUGCGAGGACUCCUCCUGGGGAAGUGUGCGCCCCUUAAUGAAACUGUUAGAGAUAUCGGGACAUGGCAUCCCCUGGCUGGCUGGAACCGCCUACUGUCUGUACAAGAGUGACAGUGCUGCAGGACAAGAAGUCAUGCUCAACCUCUUCAUGGGCCUGCUGUUGGAUGUGGUCCUGGUUGCCACAGUUAAGGCGGUGGUGCGUCGACGUCGGCCAGCACACAACCGUAUGGACAUGUUCGCCACCUUUUCCGUGGACAGCUAUUCCUUCCCUUCCGGCCACGCCACCCGUGCCGCCAUGUGUGGGCGGUUCCUGCUGGCUCACCUGGUGCUGGCCGCCCCGCUGAGGGUCCUUGUCCUGCUGUGGGCUGGCCUGGUGGGCCUGAGCCGAGUGCUGCUGGGCAGGCACAACGUGACUGACGUGAUGUUUGGGUUCUGGAUGGGCUAUUGGCAGUACAACCUGGUGGAGAUGCUGUGGCUCUCACCUCAAACCCUGCAAGGGCUGCUGGGACACUUAGCUUAACAUUAAGUACUGAAGGAGGAGGAAAUGUGGCAGUUUAGAUCUUGUUUGUUAGAUCGCCUGCACACUUUUUGUCUUUUAGACUGAUAUAUAAGAGACUAGAGGAGAGAGCUCUAUCACACACUGUUUUCUUCAUCUGUUAUCUGACACUUAAGUCGAGCUUCCAGCCCUCAUUCUAUGGCAGCAGAUAGACUGUCUGUAAUAAAUAGUACAGGAUUUUAAUCAGAACAGACCAGAGGGGAACAGAUUUGGUUCAGCCUACCUCCUGAAGCCAUAUGUACUCUCAUUGGCCUCUUUCAUGAACAAUAUGAAGUUAGCUCCUUCUGAAGUGUGAAGCUUGUUUUGAACCCUGGGAAUUAGUUUAAAUAUACUUUUGCCGUUAAGUGGAUGUUAAUUCCUGAGUCAUGAAUCUGAAUAGACACCUCCUGUAAUCAAAUAAUUAAUAAGAAGUUAUGUGACUUUUUUUUUUUUACUUUGGUAAACUCAGAAUAAUUGGCUUUUUAUAUAAUUU